AUGGUUGACACCCUUGAUUCAAAAAGUGAACAUUUCUGGCCGUGUCUUGUGCAGUUGAAAGAUUGUAUUUACAACUACAACAAAAAUGAUUGGGCAGCACUUGUUGGGGCCGUGACCAAUGGUUUGCUCGGAGAAAAGUUGUCAGUGGACGAGCUCACCGAUAUGCGCUUUUCCAAGGUCUUCAAACAGCGUUAUGACAAGUGGUUAAGAAAGGAGUUCCAUUUGGCAGAAAAGAUCAUUGAAAAUUUAAAUGACUGGCUGAAAGCAUGGAUAGAUGUCAGUGACGAUAGCGAUCAAAAGGUUUUCACAUACAAGACAGAGGACACAACAAGAGAACAGUUUUCAAAGGUUCCAUACGUAUUGGAUCAUGAAGGUGCAGCCACCUACCGUGGAGUGAAAUCAAGUGCCGAGCAUGGGCUGACCAAAUGGAGAAGCUCAAGAGCUGAGUCAAGAUUGGAGAAGUUUCAUGAACUGUUGGCCCAUUUUGCAAAUAUUGGUUUGCAAAUCGGAGUUCGCAAAUGCUCUCAUUGCCCAAGAUUACCGCAUCCAGAAUACAUGGACCAAACGCCCAUUUUCAUGGACCAUUCCCUACUAGACCAUUUGAACCAACAAUCUACAUUGCUUGGUUUUGGUGCCUUGUUCAAAGAGUGUCAAGUUCCAGAGGUUGGAAACGAGAAGGAAGUUUUCUUUUCCGAUUACUGCACCAACCAAAUAGAAAGAAACAAACAAGAGGGAACUGUUGCUUCAACUAAGGUUUGUCUUUGCGACAACUGCAAGGACAAGUAUGAAUCGCCUCAAACAACAAGUGUUGCCAGGAGGAGGAGUGGUAUUGCCAGAGCGGUCAAUCAAUCAGCUGCAGCAGCACGGCCUUUACCUCAGCAGCAUAUGCAGCAACAAGCAGCAGAUCACAGCACACUAUUGCAAUGGCUUCCAAACAAUCCAACUUUCAAUCCUAUACAUGCUUCAACGACCAGUGGUUUUUUGACUCUGAAUCAAUUUGCCUUGACUCCGAAUCCAUGUGCCUUUUUCACGAAUCAAUCCGCACCACAUAGCCGGACUGUUUGCAAGUCCAGAUGCUUUCCGAAACCCUUUCAAUUGCCCAAGAUUUGCAGGAUACCUUGA